AAAGCAACGAGUAGUAGUGUAGUACAAAAAAAAUGAGUAAAAACAUGUUGAGCCUCUUAACUGUUGCACUGCAGUAGUAGGGUUGCUGUGUUGUGCGAGCGGGGAUUGAAGGGUUUGCUCUUUGCAGCAGAUAAACGCCACCGCGACUCGACUCGACUCCCCCGCUUCCGCUUUCUUCCUCCCUCGUCCGCCUCUUUGCUUCCUUACUCCGCUCAGACCACCGCCUCCGAUUGCGGUUACCAAUCUUUCUCCUCCACUAAUCCCUAAAUCUCGACCUCUUUCAUCUCUAUCUCCCUAAAACCCUAUCUAUCUAUCUUCCUUUCUCUGAUACUAACAAUGGGAGCUUCUUUGCCUCCCAAAGAGGCCAACCUCUUCAAGCUCAUCGUCAAAUCAUAUGAAACCAAGCAGUAUAAGAAGGGGUUGAAGGCAGCUGAUGCUAUACUAAAAAAGUUCCCUGACCAUGGAGAAACUUUGUCGAUGAAGGGCUUGACAUUAAAUUGCAUGGAUCGUAAACCUGAAGCGUAUGAACUUGUCCGGAUGGGGUUGAAGAAUGACCUUAAAAGUCAUGUUUGCUGGCAUGUUUAUGGUCUCCUCUAUCGGUCUGAUAGGGAGUACAGAGAAGCUAUCAAAUGCUAUCGUAAUGCACUGAGAAUAGAUCCAGACAAUAUUGAAAUUCUGCGUGACUUGUCCUUGUUACAGGCACAAAUGCGGGAUUUGGAUGGUUUUGUCCAGACUAGGCAACAACUACUGACCUUGAAACCAAAUCAUCGGAUGAAUUGGAUUGGCUUUGCGGUUUCUCACCACUUGAACUCAAAUGCAUCGAAAGCAGUAGAAAUUCUGGAAGCCUAUGAAGGAACCUUAGAGGAUGAUUAUCCUCCGGAUAAUGAGCGAUGUGAACAUGGAGAAAUGCUUUUAUAUAAGGUAUCUUUACUAGAGGAAUGCGGCUCCCACGAGAGAGCUUUUGCUGAGUUGCAGAAGAAGCAGUUUAAGAUUGUUGAUAAAUUGUCAUUCAAGGAACAAGAGGUUACUCUACUAGUAAAGCUUGGACGCCUUGAAGAAGGUGCUAAACUGUACAAAGCAUUGCUUUCAAUGAAUCCUGACAAUUACAGAUAUUAUGAAGGCCUGCAAAAAUGUGUUGGACUUCGUUCUGAAAAUGGUCAAUACUCUUCUGAUGAGAUUGAUAAGCUGGAUGCUUUAUACAAGUCACUGGGUCAGGACUACACCUGGUCAUCUGCUGUUAAGAGAAUACCACUUGACUUUCUCCAAGGGAACCAGUUCCAUGAAGCUGCUGAUAAGUAUAUAAGACCCCUCCUAACAAAGGGAGUUCCUUCAUUAUUCUCGGAUCUGUCUCCUUUAUAUGAUCAUCCUGGCAAGGCUGAGGUACUGGAGCAACUUAUUCUUGAGUUGGAGCAUUCAAUCAAGGCCAAUGGGACUUACCCUGGAAGAGUGGACAAGGAGCCCCCUUCAACACUCCUGUGGACAUUAUUUUACUUGGCACAGCAUUAUGACCGAAGGGGGCAAUACGACCUUGCUCUGACCAAAAUUGAUGAAGCGAUAUCACAUACUCCAACAGUGAUUGAUUUGUACUCUGUCAAGAGCCGUAUUAUGAAGCAUGCUGGGGAUUUGCCAGCAGCUGCUGCAUUGGCAGAUGAAGCUAGGUGCAUGGAUCUUGCUGAUCGGUACAUAAACAGUGAAUGUGUCAAGCGCAUGUUGCAGGCAGAUCAGGUGCCUUUGGCUGAGAAAACAGCUGUUCUGUUCACUAAAGAUGGAGACCAGCAUACCAACCUUCAUGAUAUGCAGUGCAUGUGGUAUGAACUGGCUUCUGGUGAUAGUUAUUUCCGCCAAGGAGAUCUAGGCCGUGCUCUCAAGAAGUUUUUGGCUGUUGAGAAGCAUUAUGCUGAUAUUACAGAAGAUCAGUUUGAUUUUCAUUCAUAUUGCCUAAGGAAGAUGACUCUUCGUGCCUAUGUUGCAAUGCUUAAAUUUCAAGAUCGUCUCCAUUCACAUUCUUACUUCCAGAAAGCAGCCUCUGGAGCUAUCAGGUGUUACUUGAAGUUGUAUGAUUCCCCGUCUAAGUCUACUACUGAAGAAGAUGAUGAAACAUCAAAGUUGCUGCCUUCUCAGAAGAAGAAAAUGAGGCAAAAGCAGAGGAAGGCAGAAGCCCGAGCUAAGAAGGAGGCAGAGGUGAAAAAUGAAGAACAGAGUGCUAGUAGUAUCUCAAAGUCUGGGAAGCGACAUGUCAAACCUGUAGACCCAGAUCCAAAGGGGGAAAAGUUGUUGCAGGUUGAAGAUCCAUUACUCGAAGCUACCAAAUAUCUGAAGUUACUUCAGAAAAACUCUCCCGACUCUUUCGAGACGCACUUGCUUUCUUUUGAAGUAAAUAUUAGGAAGCAAAAGGUUCUACUUGCUCUGCAGGCCUUGAAGCAGAUGCUGAGGUUGGAUGCUGAAAACCCAGAUUCUCACCGAUGUUUGAUAAUGUUCUUCCAUAAGGUGGACUCAACAACUACUCCAGUAACAGAUGCCGAGAAACUUAUUUGGAGUGUCUUAGAAGCAGAGCGUUUAUCACUCAGUCAAUUGCAUGAGAAAUCUCUACUGGAGGCAAACAUGUUCUUCCUUGAGAAGCACAAAGAGUCUUUGAUGCAUAGAGCUGCAGUUGCCGAAAUGCUCUAUGUUUUAGAACCUAGCAAGAAAUGUGAAGCCGUUACGUUGAUUGAGGAAUCAUCUAACAACAUUAUCCCAAGUGGCGGGGCACUUGGGGCAGUAAGUGUAUGGAGACUCAAGGACUGCAUUGCUGUACACAAAUUGAUAAAUACAGUUCUUGCUGACCAAGAUGCUGCAAUCAGGUGGAAAGGGCGAUGUGCUCAGUACUUCCCUUACUCUACAUACUUUGAAGGUAAACUGAGCUCGGCAAUGCCCGACUCGGCAUACAAUCAAAUCGGCGGCAAGUCCCCUGAAAAUGGGACUGCUAUAAGCCAUACUCAUGGUGAUAAGAUCACAGAUUCCAUAGCAUCAAAUGGGAAGCUAGAGGGCUUCAAGGAACUGACCAUCUGAGAGAUCUGUAUGGCGGGUGCUUAGGUUUGUGAUCCGCGAUUUAACCAUGCAGCCACAGAAAAAUGUAGUCGGUUAAGGGAUGAUUCAAGAGGUUUUGUAUUCUUUCUGCUGCUCAUCCUCUCUCUGCUAUCAUUGAUUUUGAAAGAAAAAAAAAAGGUUUGCCCACCACCUUUUCCCUACUAUUUGCUAUACCGUGCAGCUCCUUCCCAGUGGGAACUGGAUUCAGUUGCAAAUGUGUAUAAUAGACUUCUGCUGCUGAUGUCUUUUAGAAGGGGUUUUGUUUUCAAUUAACACACAGUAGCUACCUAGGGCGAGAUCUCAGAUAAAAGGGUGGCUUCCAUAAAUUUGCACCAAGCUAGAAUUGCAUGCAAGUUUUUGUAUCACUCUGGGUCAGGGGAGAACAACUGCAGAAUUGAUGAUGGUCGGGAUGCUGGUUGUGUCGUCAGCCGCUCGCGGCGUAUUAUAGAACAGUAGAGCUGAUGUAGUAGGGAGCUUUGUUGUACCGUUUUUCAAGAUUCCUGGUUUGUUUGUUUUUUGAAUUUCUUUUCUUCAAAAUGGUUGUUAGUUUUCUUGCCAUGUAUAAACACAGCUUCAUAUUGUGAAAAUUUUGCUACAGAGUCUAGAUACAUAUCACGCUUGGUUGGUUACAUGGAUUUUAGGCUUUUACACGGAAAUAAUAAUGAUUAAAGGGUUAUGAAAUUGUAA